AUGUCGAGAAUCAUAGUCAAGGGGUUGCCUCUCUACUACACUGAGGAGAAGCUGAAGUCCCAUUUUCAGGAAAAAGGAGUGGUGACGGAUGUGAAGUUGGUCAGAAAUAGACAAGGUGAAUCGAGGCGAUUUGCAUUCAUAGGUUAUAGGUCCCAGCAGGAUGCUGAAAAUGCAGUCAAAUAUUUCGACAGAACGUUCAUUGACACCGCCAGGAUAUCUGUCCAGCCAGCCAAAACCUUCAGCGAUCCAACUGUUCCCCUUCCGUGGAGAGAAAAGCGGUUGCAAGCCAAAAGACAGUUGCAGGAAACCGAAGAAAAACUGAAGAAACUUGAAGAAAUACAAAACAAGCGCAGGGACAAGAAUAGAAAGAAGGGGAUUGAUGCUUUUAUUGAAGACCAGGUGAGCUCCAAUCCUAAGCUUCAGGAGUUUUUAGAGGUUUCCAAGCCUAGUGUUCAGCAAAAAUCAUGGAAAAACGAGGAUCUCGUGAGCGCCCAACCAGAGAAAUCAACAGACUCACAAAUACAAUCUUUAACUGCACAAAAUGCUAGUGAUGACGAAUACGAGGAUUUCAGCGGAUUGCAGAGAGACGAAGAGGAAUCCGAAAAAAUGAUUACAUUGGAUGAAGCCCAAGACGGACAAACAGAUGACGAACCUGCACAAAAUGAUAAUAAAGAUGGUGUGAAACAGGGCACAGAAAUGGAUGAUCUGGAAUGGUUCAAAUCCAGAAGGAAAAGAAUCAAGGAGGGUGAAGUUACUGAGGAGCCAGAAAGACCACAAGAACAUGAAAAAGCUAAUAGUGUUCAGAUCAAGGAGGUGGAACAGGAUAUGUCACAGCAAUCAGAGGAUGAAAAGGAGCCUCAGCUCAACGAUCAGGAUAAAGCCAUACAGCGUAUAUCACAGACAGGAAGAUUAUUCUUGCGGAAUAUUCUUUAUUCGGCUACCGAAGAUGACUUUCGCCAACUUUUCAGUCCAUAUGGUUCUCUGGAUGAAGUUCACAUUGCUGUGGACACAAGAACUGGUAACUCGAAAGGUUUUGCGUAUGUCAAGUUUACUUCUCCCGACGACGCUGUCAAAGCAUAUUUGGAAUUGGACAAACAAAUUUUCCAAGGCAGACUACUUCACAUUCUUCCUGCCGAAGCUAAAAAAGAUCACACAUUGACUGACUUCGACCUUGCCAAUCUUCCUCUCAAGAAGCAGAGGGAGCUGAAGAAAAAGUAUGAGGCUUCCAAAGCACAGUUUAGCUGGAACUCUCUCUAUAUGAACAACGACGCUGUUCUUGAGAGUGUGGCUAGCAAGAUGGGCAUUUCAAAAGGAGAGCUGAUCGAUCCAACAAACAGCAGUUCCGCUGUGAAACAGGCUUUGGCCGAGGCCCAUGUUAUUGGAGAUGUCAGAAAGUACUUUGAGGAUAAAGGAGUUGAUUUGACCAGCUUCAACACUAAAGAGCGUGAUGACAAGGUGAUCUUGGUGAAAAAUUUCCAGCAUGGUACCACCAAAGAAGAGAUUGGGGAGCUUUUCUCUGCCUACGGACAACUUAAUAGACUACUAAUGCCUCCUGCCGGAACAAUCGCCAUUGUUGAGUUCCGUGACGCUCCCGCAGCAAGAUCUGCAUUUUCAAAGCUCGCAUUUAGGCGUCUCGGAAAGUCAAUUCUGUAUCUUGAGAAAGGCCCCAAGAACCUAUUCACUCAAGAAGCUUCGACCGAGGAUCUCGAGAGUGUUUCUAGAACCGAAUCAAAAGCCGACACCACGGAGAUUAUGGAUAUUGACAACGAAGAGGACGUCGAAAUAUCUGGCCCUACUGUCUCUGUGUUCGUGAAAAACUUGAACUUCAGCACCACAACAAAGGAGUUAACUGCAACUUUCAAAAGCCUACCUGGUUUUGUCGUUGCAGUUGUUAGGACGCGCCCGGACCCAAAGCACAUUGGCAAGACGCAGAGUAUGGGAUUUGGUUUUGUCGAGUUCAAGACCAAAGAGCAGGCAGAGAAUGCUAUCAAGAUAAUGAAUGGACAUCUUCUAGACGGCCACCAGCUGCAAUUGAAGCUUUCAAACAGAGUCAGUCAAGGAAAAUCGGAAAACGCGUCUGCCAAGAAGGGGAAGAAGUCACCAAAGAUCAUUGUCAAGAACUUGGCUUUCGAAUCUACCAGGAACGAUAUUUUCGAGCUGUUCAGUCCAUUCGGCAACCUCAAAUCUGUCAGAGUGCCUAAGAAGUUCGACAAGUCCGCCAGAGGAUUUGCUUUUGUUGAGUUCAGUACGCUUAAGGAGGCUGAAAGCGCUAUGGAUCAAUUACAGGGAGUCCACUUGCUUGGCCGUAGGUUGGUAAUGGACUUCGCCGAUGCUGAGAGCAAGGACGCGGAAGAAGAGAUCGAGAGGAUGACAAAGAAGGCCAAGUUCCAAACGGGCGUCAGAAAAAUGGCCCAGCUUCGUGAAAGUCAUUCCGGCAAACGAAAACUCGACUUGGAAGACGAGUCCGAGAUGUAA